AAAGUUAGAAAAUUUACCUUCUUAAACCUUUUCUAUAGUCGUGAGUGUGAAUGAAGGUUUAUCUCAUUUACGAAGGGAAGGAUACAUCUGGAAAUGUGGUGUUCAAUUUAAAGGAUCGAUAUAAGUUUAAAGUGGAUAUUCCUGAUUCUUGGCUGGAUGCUAAGUGCGAAAAGCUAUUGAACCUUUUCAUUCAACAGUACACCCCGAAACAUCCACAGGAACAUUUUGACACCUCAAUGUUACAAGCAAAAUGCGGCGGCAUCCUGAUAAACAAUGGGGAUGCAAUUGGGAGGUUUAUUCACGAGUACAACGAUGUUUACAUACUUCACAAGGAAGUUGAAAUCAUUAAAUCUGACCAUAAAGGUGAACAACUUUGUACGAAUUAUGGGUGUGGUAAAUACUUUAACGAGGAGGACAAUUCUGAUAAAGCUUGCCAUUAUCAUCUCAAGGGCCCCGUUUUCCAUGACUUGGAAAAGUACUGGGGAUGUUGUAGCGAAAAAAAAGCAUACGAUUGGGAAUCAUUUCAACUCAUAAAAACUUGUCAAAUUGGGAGGCACUCCACUAGCAACAAACCGUUCGAAUUCCCGAAGGAACAAAUUAGUAACAAACCAUUGACACAUGCCGAACAGCAAGCGCUAGGUGCAAAAAAUGACGCAUUUACAGAAAGGCGAACUGUUGGGCCUCGUGAGUUCGAAGGUGCACUACAUGAUCAGGACAAGCCACAAGAAGUGGUUAAUGGCCAAGCUAAAUGCCGUAACUUUGGCUGUGGCAAGGUGUUUAACGUAGAUGAAAAUUCGGAUGUAUCAUGCCGCUUCCAUAUACAAGGUCCAGUCUUCUGGGACACGUACAAGUACUGGAAGUGUUGCCCUGGUAAGAAGUCAGCUGAGUUCGAGGAGUUUGUGAAAAUUCCAGGAUGCCACGUUGGACCUCAUAAGAUAUAGCAAUAUUCUCACAAAGUUAAUACGCAAUGCUCU